CUCAUCCGAUAAUUGUUUAUCUUAGCUUAUAAGCUUCUUCCCACAUAUAUAGAAUUGAAAGCUUAUCAUCAUAUCAAUCAUUUUGUCAAACUCCCUAAGCUUAAACUUACUUCUUUAUCCAAUAUAUAUACACAAUUGAUAUGAUCAUAUAUAUCAUGGUAUGACAAAUAAAUUGGAUUAUAUAUUCAUUUUGGCAUUUUGGCUUGAUACAAGAAGAUAGUAAAGGUGGAUCAUUCAAAUGGGAAGAGGCCCUUUUCAUCCGAAGAAGCGGAGAAGAAAGAGGUCUGCAGCGGCGGAGGCGGUGGCUCGGUGGCAGUUGACCCCAUUUUCCCGAUUUACUCGGCCCGGUCUCUUCAUGAUAUGACUGCCAUGGUUUCUGCCCUUUCCCAAGUCAUUGGAAGCACCACUAAUCCCACCAUUAGUUCCCUCUCCCAAGCUGCUGUGGAUGAUACCCUGCAUGGAAAUUCACUACAACCCCAAACUGGUGACCUAUCUCUUCAACAACCAUCUCAACCCAAUCCUCAAGAUCAAGAACGGAGCCAAAGAAAGAGGCACUAUAGAGGAGUGCGGCAGCGGCCGUGGGGGAAAUGGGCGGCGGAGAUCAGAGACCCAAAGAAGGCGGCGAGGGUUUGGCUCGGAACCUUCGACACGGCGGAGUCAGCCGCCUUAGCUUACGACGAAGCAGCAUUGAGGUUCAAAGGCAGCAAAGCCAAGCUCAACUUCCCUGAGAGAGUUCAAGGAAAACCCCACCAGUUCGCGGCGGCGGCAGCACCCCACCAUUACUACCACCACCAAACUCGACAGCUCCAGUUCCACGCAACUCCGCCGCCGUCACUCCUUUCUCCUUUCCUCCCACAUUUCCCCCUUCCAUAUUACGUGCCCGUUCUUGAUGACCAAUACGCGGCAGCGGCGCAGAUUGUUAUCGGCGGCGAUCAAAGAACGGCGGUCAACGCUCUCCCUCCCACCUUCCGGGAUGACCUAAUGUUUGAAUGCCGUGGAAUGGCGUCGCCGGGAACUUUCGUUUCACCGACAUCGUCGACAAGUUCCACGGCGCAAUCCCAUCAUCAACAUCAUCAUCACCAUCACCAUCAAUUCAUGGGACUUCCUCAAUUUCCGUACGGAGGUUCCGAGGAUAAAGAAUGGGAGGAACAUGAAAUCAAAAACGUCAAAAAGUGAUGAGAUUUUUGUUGUUGCUUUAGGUUGGCCGGUUAAUCAUUAAUGCAUGCACGAGUUUCUUGUAAUUUGGGCAUUUAUUAUUGUAUUUUAAUUUUUAAUUGUAUGCUUUUACUCCGAUCCCAAUCCCGAUCCGCUUGCUGAUUGUUGAAUUUGAAAAGGCUUUUGAAAAUGAGAGGAUUUAAUUUGUCUCAGCUGCGUAAUUUUUUGGCUAUUUUAAUAGGACGCCAAAUUUCAAGUCUUUUUCAAUUCCUACAUUAUUAUCUGAAAA